ACACGUCAUUGGCAAAGAUCCUUUGGGUGAUUAUGACGUCAUGACCAGGACUGCUUCUAACCGUUGAGUCCUCACUUUUCAAGACUGGCCGGCGGCACGGCACAGAGCACGACCGCAUCGUUCGAUCGGCAUAUUGGCAUCCACAGCCAUCACAUCGCAAUGACAACAGCACCUGCCGCUGUUACUACUAUCUAACUACGGAACCAUACUAACUAAACCAUCCAUCCGUCUGCUUGUCUUAUAAUAAAGUUCUUACUACAGCUACUUCACGAUGGCAUCCAUGUGGAACAAGAUGAAGAACACGGGCUCCAAGGCCAAAUUGCAGGGCGAAUGUGCGUUGUUGGAUCGCGAACUCAAAGCCCGCAAGAUGCAGUUUGGCGUGGAUCUGUACCGGCUACUAAGAGAACAAGAAAAGAAGAGUAUGGUGGGUGGUCUGAUUGGAGGCGGUUCUUCGAGAAAUAGCAAAUUGGCGGCGCCUCCUCCUGGUUCGUUUCGAGGCCGCAUCAAGGACCAAUGGGAAAUCGUGCGCAAAGACGUUGUGGAUAUGGAAGAACGACAAGAAGCCCUGCGAUUGGAAAAGACCCACGAAGAAGUCCGUCGCGAACGAGGCAUGCCGGCUGUAUCCGCGAAGGAACGAUGGCAGCAUGCCGGACAAGCCGUCGCCAGUCGCGGCAAGGAAACCAAAUUAAUGGCACAAAUUGCACUCAUUGAUCGCGAUAUACAAAAACGCAAGGAACUCUGGGGCACUCAAGUCUAUGCAGACGCCGUGGCAGCCAUUCAAAAUAAAGACAAUAAAGGACUCGGAAUCAAGUCGGGGGUCAAAAAUGCCGUACGAGGAGGAUUGCUCAAAAUUGACGAACAAGAACAGAAAAUUCAACACUGCGUCGAACUUGCCGCACGAGAAAUUGGAACCAUGGAACGAUCCAAAGCUACACGCAUUUCCGAAAUUGAUGCGCUCGAGGAAGAUGGAGCCAUUUCCUUUCGAAACAACAAGAAUAGAACUGAAAUAUAGAUACUCCUAGUAGAACGGAACGGAACGAAACUUGAAAUGAUAGUAUUCUAGCCAAUCGCUAGCAUCACGCCCUCGUGCAAAUAGAGUGCAGUCUUGAGCGUUUACAUCUAUCUUUCUCGAUCGAUUGAGGAACCCCAGUCGCGAUCUUGAAUCUCUGCAGGAAGGGCCACGGGCGCACCGUGUUGCGGUUGUGGAUCGUCGCAGAUCUGAGGUGACCAUAAUAUGCAUGCAGCAUUUUUAGAAGCUUCGAUUCCUUCCAUUUGCAAUGGUCACUCGGACCCUCCUCCCUCUUGUAGUCUCUGAGCAAGACGCAAGUGGCAUAUGUUGGAUGCCAACAAUUAACUUAUAAAGUGUGUUGUUCUGCAUGCAUGCUGUGUUUUUGUUUGGUUCUGUUUCGUUUUACUGGUACGGUGUAGGCUACGAUGUACG